AUGCUUAAAAAUAUAUAGGAUAAUAAUACAAUGAUAUCUCCUUAACCGCUUCUGACAAAAAAUCAAUUAUACACUAAUUCUUCAAACAGCAACUUAACCUCUAAUUCAAAUAGCGAGCCUUCGUUUUUUAACACUUCUAAAUAAACGACUUAGUCUUAUUAGCAAGUUGGCUCUCAACAGAAAAAUUAUGAAAAACCAUCAAUAUUGAUUGCUUCAGAAGUUAAUUCUUAGCAAGCUAUUGGAGCUAUUUUGGACCUUAAGUAAAGUGCUAAAAGCAUUGGUGACACAUUGAUUUAUAUUUUUUCAUAAUUUAUUGAUCAUAUUUCUAGCACAGGGACGAGUGUGGAUUUUGAUUUCAUCAAAUCCUAAUGGAAUAUGUUAAAAACACAUUUACAGCCUUUUAAUCAGCAAAAAAUUACUGAAUAUUUCAAGCAGACAAACAAUAGCAGCAGAAAUCAAUCUUAUCACAGCAGCUACAGAAAUCUAUCUGAAUAGGUUAGCAAUAUUGAUAGCAAUUUGAAUCUUAUGAAUUAUAAUAAUGACACUUCGUUAGAUACAGCUAUACCUCCAAAGUCUAUGCCUACUUCUACCAGAAAUAAGCAAUAGUCUGCUAACACUUAAAAUCCUCAAGAAAAUGUCAGCAAUCCUAAUGAAAUGGCUAAAGCUUUUAUAACAGUUCAAAAUACUAAUACUUCUCAUAAACCAAAUUUAUUUUUGAACAAUUGUUAGAGUCCAUCUGCUCCUUCUUUAAUCCCUCAAACAAUUUCUUCUCACACUCCACCUCCAGUUAACACCAGCUAGUAUUAGAUUUAAUCAUAAAACUGCGUCAAAAGUGUUAGCUCUCAACCACUAAUUAGCAAUCUUUUGCAAUACAACUAAGGUUGCAGAGAUGAUGCUAUUUCACCUUCAUACACAAUAACAAGUGUUUCUAGAUGUAACAGCUUCACCACUACUAAUUAUCCAUAAGUAUCUAACUUCGAAAUAAGCACUGCAUUUAAUAAUAUUAAUUAAAACAACGAUACCAACACCUGCACAUCUAUAUAAAAUAACUAGUUUUAGAAUGAAGUUAAAAAAGAAAAUAUGCAAGGAUAACCAUUACUCUAGUAGUAAACUAUUUCAAUUACCUCAAGAAGUAAAAAGGAUGGUAAUUGGUCUCAGUAUAAAGCUGUCCCUAUUUCAACUUUUAAAUUAGAUGUACCAAGAAUGAACAAACACAUGCAUUAAAACUCUUAGAAUAAUAGCUAAGGUAUCUAAUCAUAAACAAGUAUAGUGUGUAAUGAAAAUGAACUGCAAUAGUAAGUAUCUGACUUAUCAUAAACUCCUGUAACACAAAAUUAGCCAAAUUCUACUUUCAAACGUGGUAAUUCUUAGUAUGAAAAAAGAAUGUAGUCUUCAUAAACAAAUUUCUAACAACAUCACACUUUCUUGUAGCAAUAAAGAGAGUCUCUUGCUAGAUAAACAUCACAAUCAUAAGAGAAAUCCAGUAUUACUAAGUUGAUGUAUGAUAGCAAAUCUUAAACGUUAGUGUAGGUCAAUAGCAGUGAUUCACAUAGAUAAAAUUUAUAAAUAAAUGAAUUCAAUUAAUAAAAGGUUUAAAAUAAUAAUUAGAUUUCUCCAAAGCAAAUUAAAAAAUAAUAAUUGUAAUAAUUAUCCUAAUAAUCUUUGACAAGUAAUCAGAAUUUAAAUAGUAAUUUUAGCUCAAUUAAUUUUUUGACUAACCCCAUCAAUCAGAGUUAACAAAAUUAAGGAAUUUCAGUUCACUCUUCUUCUAGCUUAUCUUAAAAGGCAUUUAAUUAAAUUUUAUAGCAGUAACAAAUAUCAGCAAUAACUAGCAGUACUCAUUAAAAUAUUUAGAAUAAACCUUUAUAAGGUAUUACUUUAUUAGCUAAUAAUUCACUCAAUUAACAGUUAUAAUCAUCACAAAGAGCACAAUUAAACUAAUCAAAUAGUAAAACAAUAGUUAAUAAUUCCUAAAAUACCUAUACUAAUUUGCAUUCAAGUUAAGAAGAAUCUACUAAAGAGAAUGACAGAUAUGCCUAUUAUGUAUCUAAGGAAAACGAAAUAUCUAAAGAAAAUUUAGACAACAAAUUUUUUGAAUCUACAAAAAUUAAUUAAUCUGCAGGAAAAGUCUAUUAAAAGUCAUCUUAAAGCAAAGUAAUUAACUUAAAUUCCUACUAAGUACCUUCCUAAUAUGGCUAAAAAUAAAAUUUUGAAAAUUGCAUCUCUCCUAUUAAAGGAUAAUAAUAAUCAAAGUCAUUUAACACUAAGCAUUUAUUCUAAAGUCCAACAAUCAGUAUACAAAGUUUGAAUGGUAGAGGAGUUAAUGCUGAUUCUAAUUAUGGGAAAACCUCUUAUAGAAUGAAAACUGAAUCAGACGCAAAAGUAAAAAGUGGAAGCACUACUGAAUAAAUACUAUCAACCUAGGCAACAAACGAUAGAAUAUAAGAUUUGAAUAAUCUAACAGGUGUAUAGAGUUAAAGAUCUAACAUAAAAUAUACUUUAAGCAGCCAGACAAGCAUUCCUUCAUCAACCUAAAUACCAGGAUAAUAAGAAGUUGUAAACUUUUAAGCAAAUUAGCUUAAAUCAAAAAUCCUAAACUUGAUUUCUGUUUAUUAAGAAAAUAAUUAAAUUAUUAACUCUCUCUCAUUCAAAUGA